CGUCAUCAAAGGAAGUGCAAAGAGUCCUUUCUUAAGAGCUUUUUAAACUGCUAAAAAUCCCCCCCCCCCAAAGAAGAAAAACCCUGAACAUUCACACUCAUUUUCUCUUUAGAUUCUUUCUCUGUUUUCUUCCAUGGAAGCUCUGAAUUUUCUGAGGUUUUGGAAACAUGGUCACGGUGUUCGUAAACUGAACCUAACCCAAACUUGUAAUGGAAACGGCGGCGCCACCACCGCCGCCGCCGCUGCUAAUGAGUUCGAUGAAGACGACGACGCUUUCAUCGACUUGGAGUUUCCUUUGCGUGACUCUGAAGAUAAAGGGAAUGCUAAGAAUGCUGAAGCUCGUUGUUUGUCUCCCAAUGAUCAUUUGUCGAAAAGGAAGAUUUUGCCGAUCGAGCCAGUCUCCAAGCCUCAAUCGCCCGUCGCUCUUUUGAAAUCGGCCCAGAAAUUUCGAGUCUUUCAUCCCAAGAAGACGAAAGCAGAGACACCGAAGCACGAAAAGCAAGGUGGCGGCAACCAUUUCACUAGAGAAAACAGUUUGCGGAGAACAGACGGCGAAAUCGACGAUUCCUCGAAGAGAUUGUCCAAGGACCUGGUGCACAAAUACUUGAACGUUAUCAAGCCCUUGUACACAAAAAUCUCCAAGGUAGGAAUCUCCGGUGACUCUUCAAUGUUAUCUCCGGCGGAUUCUCCGGUGACGGUGUAUUCCACGAAGGAAAAAAAGGGGAAUACUAGAGGGGUCUAUAAACAUCUGGGAAAGAGCAAAUCGUCGUCAGCUGCAGCAUCGCAGAUUAACAGGAGAGAUGAUUCGUUGCUUCUACAACAUGAUGGGAUCCAAAGCGCCAUUUUGCAUUGCAAGAGAUCUUUCAAUUCAUCAAGAGAAUCUUCAUGGUUGUCGAGAUGCGCAAGCGAUUCUUCUUCACAAGAGAAAUUAAGCAAUGCUUCUUCAACAGAUUUUUCCCUGUUUUCACGAGCUACAAGCAAUUCCGCGAGAACAUCCAGCGAAGAACAUAGACUGUGAUCUUCAAUAUGAUAAUGAUGUAAAACUCUUAGAAAGUGUAGUGUUGUU